AUGGAUGUCACUGUCACUCCCACACUCCUAGACGAGUUGAUAGUAGAAAUUCUGUUGAGGUUACCGGUGAAAUCUCUCGUGCGUUUCAAAUGUGUGUGUAAGUCAUGGUUCUCUCUCAUUUCCGAUCCCCAAUUUGCAAAAUCCCAUUUUGACCUAGCUGCCGCACCCACCCACCGACUUCUUGUUCAACCCAUAGACGAAUUCUUUUAUUUUGACAAUUAUUUGGAUGACUUUUCUUUUCCUAUAUCCAUAGAUAUAGAAGCAUUAUUUCAUGAUGAUUCUGCUGUAGCACACCUCGCUGCCCCACUUCCAGUAUCACCCCGUGAUCCUGAUGAUCUACCCCUCGACGCUGAGGGAAAUCCAUAUUCACACCCUGACUGUUUUGAAAUUUUGGGAUCCUGUCGAGGGUUUAUACUCUUACGGUAUAUUUGUGAUAAUGAUUUUAUUAUAUGGAAUCCAUCAACCGGUGCCCAUAAAUCAACAUAUGGCUCUUUUAAGUACUCAACGUUCGAAGUUCUAUGUGGUUUAGGGUAUGACGCAGCAACUGAUGACUACUUGGCAGUUACUAUCAUGCCGAAUCGUAGACAUAGUUCUUCUGCUUACAUUCGCUUUUUCUCCUUCAAAACCAAUUCAUGGAACCAAUCUGAGGCUAUCAAUUUUUCAUUUUUGGUGAAGGACGAUGAUGCCUUUCCUAGAUUCGAAGGUGGGUCACUCCGAGUCGGGUUAUUCUUGAAUGGGGCUCUUCAUUGGUUGUAUCGCUAUCAUCGUGCUCGUAAGGUUUACAAAAUUAUAUCAUUUGAUUUGAUAGAAAAGAGUUUGUCAGAGAUUCCUCUGCCACAUGAAUAUGAUCUUGCCAUGAAUCAAGUGGAUAAUUAUUAUUUCAUGGUAAACGGAGGAUGUCUCAGCCUGUAUAAUUCUUGGGAGACGGAUUCGGGUGGUAUGAUGGUAGAGUUAUGGAUGAUGAAAGAAUAUAAAGUGCAGUCAUCUUGGACUAAGUUCACUGUUUUGUAUUCUUGUCUGAGUUGUUUCACGCCUAAAGUCUCAUACCUUAAACCGAUAUGCUUAACCGAAGGUGGCGGAUUUUUUGUUGGAUCACUUCUAAAAGAAGUAUUAUUGAAACUUAAUGGUGAAGGAGAGCUGCUUGAGUCUCGCGCAGAUAUUCCAAACUUCAUAAAACUUAUACCUCUCAGAAAAUUCGUUAGGUAUAGAGAGAGUCUGCUAUCACUCCCUGCUGACUUUGGGGAAUCAAGUAAAGAUGACCAAUAG